UGAUUCGUGUGAAGUUACACCAGAGGAGCCCACUGAGGGAAGACCAGGAAUAAGCAGCGAGCUCAAGGAAAUGUCCCAGGACAGACAGACGGCUCAGGAGAUGGGAUCCCCUUGCUGCUACCAAGGAGAAGGAAGGACCACCAGAGGAUGCUGGAGCAAAUGAACCAUUGUGUCCCCCAUCAACUCCUUCAGGGAUGGGGAUCCUAGACACCCUGCCCAGCACCUGGGCUGGGAGCCAGGAUGCCCUGGGGGAAGACAUUGCUAGGACAUCAUGCCUGAAGGGUGCUGGGCCCCCUAAACCACCCCCAGCACUCUCUGAGCCCAAGGGGGCCAUUUCCAGCCCUCACGCAGGCUGCAGGAAGCAGGACACACAGCAGAGGAGCAGUAAGGACGACCAAAAUGAUGGCUCUUCCAGCUUGGUGUGGGGAGCCAAGCCAGGGAUGCUAUUCCAGAAGGACAGGGAGAGCACCCCUCACUCUCUUAACCUGUCCUGGGUGUUUGGCUACAACAGCAGCCUGGCUGUGCACGGCCUGAUGGACGGGGAGGACCGGGUGCUCCUGUACGUCUCCUCCCACACAGUGGUCAUCCACGAUGUCCUGGGGAACAGGCAGUACCACUUGCAGGGCCAUGCAAAUGUCAUUUCUUGUCUGUGUGUGAGUGAGGACAAGCGCUGGGUUGCGACUGCCGACCGAGGGCCAGACGCUCUGAUCAUUGUGUGGGACUCCUUCUCUGGGGUACCGGUGCGCACCAUCUUCGAGAGCCACCCGGAGGACGGGGUCUGUGCUAUCGCCAUUUCCCGGGAUGCAAAGUAUCUGGUGACCAUUAGUGCUGGCACAGUGCAGAGAGUUUGUGUUUGGAGGUGGACUUUGCCCACCGAGAAACCCCUAUGCAGCACAGAGCUGAGGCCUGAGUUUGGGUAUCAGAAUUAUGUCAUUUUUAACCCUCAAGAUCCCCAUGAGUUUGUCAGCAACAGCAAAACCCAGGUGAUAUUUUACCUGUGGGGUGAUGCUGGUUUGCAGUAUGGAACACCAUUCCUGAGCAACAAGACCUUCAGGAGUGUGGUGGGACGCUUCAGCCAGACAGUUUUCCAUUUUAACAACUCCCAAGCUCUGACGGGCACCUCGGCCGGGAAGGUGGUGGUGUGGGAUGCGGUCGAUCCCCGAACUGACCCCAAGGAGCAGCAGGCCAGGCCUCUCGGAAUGACCCCCACCAAAAUGGUGUCUGUGCAGAAGGAGAGUCUCACCGUGCUCCAGGUGUUGGAGAGCUGUAUAGUAACAGGUGAUGUGAAAGGGCACAUUAAAUUCUACGAUGGGGAGCUGCUGCUGCUCAGCCUCUACAGCCACAGCAAAGUGGGUCCCAUUCGGUCCCUCUCCUUCUCCACAACCCUUCGUGAUCCUCCUGAUGCCUUCCCAGCCAGAAGCCGGCCCUUCCUCGCCAGGAACUUUAUCCUUUCAACCUCUGAUGCAACCGUGUUCCAUGUUGCAACAGACAGCGCAGAGUUUGAAAAAGUCCUGGAAGAGGCGAAGAAAGCUGUGAGUGCCAUCGCCUGUCACCCGCAGGAGACACUGGUGGCCGUGGGGAGUCCCUGUGGGCUGCUGAAGCUGUGGGACUACCAGCACACCAAGUACCUGGCUAGCAGGAUAUUCCCCGAGGCUGGCAUCCAGUGCUUAUCCUAUGACCCUGAAGGUUAUUUUCUGGCCGCUGGCUUUACUGAUGGAAGCGUUCACAUCCUCGAUGCGAUUUCCCUUCAGUCCAGCUGCAAGGAACUCCGGUUCUCGCAGGGUCCCGUGACUCACAUCAGCUUCUCUCACAAUUCCGAGUACCUCGCAACCGCUGAUGAGAAAUACUCAGUGAUCGUUUACAAGAAAGUCCUGCAAAACGGGCGCAGAUGCUGGGAACACCUGGCAGGGCUGGACUCCCACUACAAACCCAUCCGGAGCAUCCUCUUUGGGGUCCAGUCAGGCAGCAACAAGCCCAGGCUCCUGAGCCUCGGGGAGGACCGGCAGCUGGUUGAAUAUGACCUGAGCAGCAGCAUCAAGGACCACCUGGUGGUCACACACAGGGACCGGGUGGAGCAGAGUGCGGUGCCCCUGUGCUUGGCUUGGUACCCACAGCUCAGCACCGAGUCCUUUAUCCUCACUGCCAACAACUGCUACAAAAUGAAGCUCCUCAACACAACGACCAAAAUGUGCAGAAAGACCCUUUUGGGACCAACCUAUGGCUCCCCAUUGGAGAAGAUACAAAUCCUCCCAAUGACAAGCACUGCGGACCCCAAGCAGUACUACCUGGUGUACAUUACUAAGGACAAGGUGGGCUUGCAGAUUUUGCCUGUUGAUGGCAACCCCCACAAGUCCUCAGCCUUCAUUUGCCACCCAGAUGGUGCCUCUGACCUUGCCAGCUCCUAUGACGGGCGUUACAUCUUUACAGCGGGGGGGAGCGACUGCACUGUUAUGAAAUGGAAGGUCAACCUAAGUGCCUUGGAUGCUGCUGCUUUCCUGGGUGGGGAGGACAUGAUCCCAUUCUACAACCUCCUGGAUGGUGGCAGAGAAGGCGAAUUCUUCAGGGAACUGGAAGACUAUUUUUACUAUGCACAGAUAUGCAGCCAAGGUACAAAUACACUGGAGAACAGACAGGUGUCAACGCACAUUCCCUUGGAGGAAAUUCCUUCUGUAAUGAGAGCAAUAGGAUUUUAUCCAUCAGAGGAAGAGAUUGAAGAAAUGAUAAAUGAGGUAAAAUUCAGCAAGUACAUGGAUGGUGGAGAACAAGUGACAGAAAUCAAUUUGGAGGAUUUUAUCAAACUUUAUAUAAAUCAUCGACCUGCGCUUGGCUUGUCGAUGAAAAGCCUACAACGAGCGUUUCAGGUUCUUGGUUAUGAUAACGAGAAGGGAGACAAAGUUAUUGACAGAGGAGACUUACUGUCUCUGCUUCAGUGCAGAGGAGAGCAGAUGACCGAGGACGAGCUGGCCCAGUGUCUGACCACCCUGCUGGGCAGGCGACCUGGGAGACGAGGAUCUGAACCAGACGUCUACGAUCCCUCAGGUGCAGCAGCUUUGAUUGAAGAAGAAAUUCCAGAAGAAAUCACAGCAGAGAUAUUUGCUGCUGACAUUCUUGGCUUACCUAUUGCUGCACAAGAAAAAAAGAACGGAAGGAAAGAGGCGACUCUGAUCUACAAAGACUCGGAAUCACAGCUGCCACAAGGGUUUAUCUUCGUUCCUUCUUUCUGGACUCCUCAAAUAUCUGCAAAAUUUGUGUUUUAUGUUUAUUAGAAAGUAAAGAUCACAUAGUUGCAUUUCAGUCAAACUCUAGAAUAAACCCUCAGCUUAGCACAUGCCACAAACCUGUAAUUUCCCACCUAUGUAGGGAAACACUGGGGUGGCUGUAGAAUGAAUCAGGUGGCCACCCCAGCCUUGGCUGGAGCCUUCCUAGAAUUUAUUUCAGGUGGGUUUAUGCCAGAUGCAGUCUAUUUUCAUUAUGUUAAGACAGUAUUCAUUUGUGAAACCUGACAGCAGAAGAGCGAUGUAAAAGUACUGUAUUGAUUAAAUACAUUGAUAAAUGC